AUGGCAACCACUCACCAUGUGCCGCCUGCCGGACGACAAGCUCGCCCUCGGCGGAAAUCUCUCGAGCAGCUCGAAGCCAAAUACAAGGCUCUAAUGCGGAACAUGCUCAUAUAUCAACAAGUAAGGAAACGGAAUAUAUGCGGAGGAUCGGCAGCUAAAACUGGGACGGGAACCAACAUGAAAAGCGAACCGGGCACAACAGGGCGAGUAGACGAGAAGACGCACCAGCAGCAGUUGAUGUUCCAGGCCACACAGACGCUUCCCACUCCAUCAUCGUCGGUCUCGCCCGCUUCUAGCACGACGAAUCUGGAGGCAACAAGCAAUUCGAAGCAGAAUCAAACCCAGCAACAAUCAACACCACAGCACAAUCCCGUUCCAUCCUCUACUCUACGUGAGCAUCAGCGCGAGCGUCCGCCACAGAAAAGGUUGCAGAAUGCAAGCAACGGCCCCAAACCCGCAUAUGACAGGCGAGAAACGGGUUCAUCUGCACGGCACAGUAGGCCCAUGCCAGCCGCGAUACAAUUAGCAUACGAGGAGCUUACCUCAAUGCAACGGCACCAGACGCCGCAACCACCACAGCAGCAACAACAGCAACCGCAGCAGCACCAACACCAACACCAACAGCAUCAAUACCAGCAGCACCAACCGUCGCACCAACCGCAGCAACACCACCACCAAGGAAGCCCCCCAAUUUCGAUCCCACGUCCAGCAAACAUACAAAUUCCGCCUCACUACCUACAACAGCAAUACAUGCAUCAUGUAUCGCCCCAACUUCACCCACAUCACCAGCCGCUAGCUUCACCUUUGCCAGCUCAUUACACCGCCCAUCACAAUGUCCAGACGAUAUCGGCGCCCUAUACUUCUUAUGAUGCAAGUGGAAUGCCGCCCAAGCACCCCUAUCACCCUCACCAGCAACAACACGGUUUACCUUCAUACGAGCAUAACGGCAACGUGGAGGGAGACUUGUUAGACUGCUUCGUCUCCAACAUAAACGAGAUAUAG